UUUCUUCUCAAAUCUGAAUCCACUCGUGCCGAGCUAGCUAGCUCCUUCCCCGCUUCCAGUUCCAGUAGCCGAUCGUCCCCACAGAUUCCUCAGCUUCUUGCACUUCGACACUUCAACUCGUGUCCAUGAAGCACCAGAGAGCAGCAGUUGACCAGGCCGUGUCCCUCCCCCUCUCCCUCGGCGCCGUCCCCGGCCUCAACAAGAAGAUGCGCCGCGCCGCCGCCGCAGCCGGUGGGGAUCGGUUCGUGUGCAAGACGUGCGGCCGCUCGUUCCCGUCGUUCCAGGCGCUGGGCGGCCACCGGACCAGCCACCUGCGCGCCCGCCAUGGGCUCGCGCUCGCCCUCACCACCAGCGAUCAGUACUACUCCGUCAAGCCCAAGAGUACUACCGAUCAGAAGCAGGCGCACCGGUGCCACAUCUGCCACCAAGGGUUCGAGACGGGGCAGGCGCUCGGCGGCCACAUGCGCCGGCACCGUGAGGAGGCGGCGCAGGCGCCGCCUGUUCUGCUCGAGCUCUUUGUCUAGACUGAUCUCAGUAGUUCUAGCGUUCCUGACAAGCAUAUGCGUGCACACUUGUAGCAGUAGGUGUUGAUCAUUGGUUCGUUCAUUCCUUCAUAUGUGUACAUAUAAGUAUGACGACUUCUUUAGAGAUUAUA